GUGUGUGUGUGUGUGUGUGUGUGUGUGCGUGCGCACGCCUGGGUCUGUGUGGGAAUGAUUACAUCAGCCUGCUGCAGCCCUAUGAUUGGUUGGUGAGCGUGUGGUUUGAUUCAGUGUGCCUCGGAGCCCGUGGCUGAGGCAGUAACCCUUUGUGAAGGAGAGAGAGAGGGGAAGAUAGUUGUCAGACUCAGCCGGCACUGGAGGCACUGUACUGUACCUGCUUCCAUUCGGUCGCUCGCUGCCUUUGUGGCGCUGUCCUGUAGGCUGAACACAAGCUGGUUUCAGGUCAGACAGUGCUUUUUUUUUUUUCUUCUUAUGACAGAGCUGGCGGCCUAGAUAGACUAGGACUCGUAUCCGCGCUAUGUGACAGGUAGCACAACCACUGCUGCUGCCUACAUUUGUAUCUAUUUGGAGGAGACAAAGACACAAACCGGCUAGGUGUUCUGUCUUAGAGGCUCAGAGUGUGUGUGUGCGUGUGUGUGUGUGAGUGGGAGAGUGAGUGAGUGAGUGAGUGCGUGGAACCAGACUUGGUCCAAAAAUGCCUUCGUGUUCACCAGACUGCUGCCUAUUACGGGCUGUGGAGGUAAGACUUAUUUCUUAUUUUAUCCCUCUCCUUCUACCUCUUUUUGUUUUUUUUUUAUUAUUAUUUUAUUUUUAGACCUUUUUUUCUUUUAAAGUAAUGCAUUGACUAACCAGAGACGAGAACUUGGAUGCGUGGUAAAUCCCUCACAGGCUCCAGACAAUUUGUCUUUUUCAAGCAGGGCAAUAAAAAUGAAUUCCAAUACGCAGCUCUCAACGGUCGAGGCUCCGGCGCUUUUCUUCUCUGGAGCGUUUUGCACGGAUGUGUGCCUCCGGCCCGUUUUGUGCAAACUGUGAUGCAAGCGGUGCCUUUCGCUGAGGGAGAGCAACCGAAUUUCUUUGUCAUGAUGCGAUGUUAUGUGGGACGCAUGCAUCGGCGACGUGUCGGGCUAGCGAGCGGGAAUCCUCUGCAGGUUGAGUGGGCUGCUGUAGUUCUGGCUCGGACGCAUUAGACAUGUUCUGCACGGUGCCUGAGGGGGAAGCUAACCUGUGGACGCUGACUGGAAGCACAUCAGGGAUUGUGCACCGAUUAUGGCAGAUAUCGUGAAGAUCUUCAGCGAGGAUGGCAUUGGGAAGGUGGUGGAGAUCCCCGCCGACAUGACGGCCAGAGACCUGUGCCAGCUCUUGGUUUAUAAAAGCCAUUGUGUGGACGACAACAGUUGGGCGCUUGUUGAGCAUCACCCGCUGCUGGGCCUAGAGCGCUGUCUUGAAGACCAUGAGCUGGUGGUUCAGGUCCAGGCCUCUAUGAACAGCGACAGUCGGUUCCUCUUCAGGAAGAACUAUGCCAAAUACGAAUUCUUCAGAAGCCCCUUGACUUUUUUCCCGGAGCACAUGGUCGCGUGGUGCCAGGAAACCAACCGGACCAUCCCACCGUCUCAGCUCCUCAAGAACUUCCUAGCCACCAGCAGCUGUCCGGAGAUCCAGGGGUAUCUGUAUGUGAAGGAGGUGGCGAGGAAGUCGUGGAAGAAGGUUUACCUGUUCCUGCGGCGCUCGGGACUCUACUGCUCCACAAAAGGCAGCUCAAAGGAGCCCAGACAUCUACAGUUACUAGCAGACUUGGAAGACAGCAACAUCUUCACCGUCAUCACGGGCAAAAAGCAGCAUGGUGCCCCCACGGACUAUGGCUUCUGUAUCAAGCCCAAUAAGGGUCGGGGGGAGCUGAAGGAGCUCAGGAUGCUGUGUGCGGAGGACGAACAGGCCAGAACCUGCUGGAUGACGGCGUUUAGGGUCUUUAAGUAUGGGAUUGUAUUGUACCAGAAUUAUAAGAUUCCUCAACAACGAAAAACCUUACUUUCACACUUCUCAGCACCCGUGCGGAGCGUUUCGGAGAAUUCCCUCGUGGCGAUGGAUUUCUCAGGGAGAAUAGGCCGAGUGAUCGACAACCCCGUGGAGGCUCAGAGCGCGGCCUUGGAGGAGGGACAUGCGUGGAGGAAGAGGAAUCAACGAAUGAACAUAUUAGGCUCCCACAGUCCGCUGCACCACUCCUCACUAAGUUCAGUCAUCCACAUAGCUCAGCUGUGGUUCCACGGCAGGAUAACCAGGGAAGAGUCGCAUCGCAUCAUCCACCAACAGGGACAAGUAGACGGGUUGUUUCUGCUGAGGGUCAGUCAGAGUAACCCCAAGGCGUUUGUGCUCACGUUGUGCCAUCACCAGAAGAUCAAACAUUUCCAGAUACUACCGUGUGAAGAGGACGGACAGAUCUUCUUCAGCCUUGACGACGGCGCCACCAAAUUCACAGACCUGAUCCAGCUGGUGGAGUUCUACCAGCUCAACAGAGGCGUGCUUCCGUGUAAACUCAAACACCCGUGCACCGUUGUGGCCUUAUGACACACCUGGAUCACCACCGCGUCGCUCCCCCUGUCUAGAACAAACAGAACAAAAUGAACGCUCCCGUCGGUCGGCCCCGUUUUUUGUUUUUAUCUCCAUAAGAAGCUGGUGAAUUGACUCCUGUUUGAUUGUUGUCAUUUUUUUUUUUUUUAUUGUGCGUCUGCCGAAGACUGCUGACGUGUCAGAUUUUCUUUUAGUUCGUCGUCGGACACGCAGCGUGUGCACGAGGUUCCUCCGCGAAUCACGUGAUAACGAGGACGAGCGCUGACGCUCACGUGGACGUUAAUCUGACCCCCAGCUGACCGUGCGCCAUGAGCUCGGAGCCAGAGGACAUUUUUAAGUUUUUGUGUGGACUGCUCUGCUCUCCGAGACCAAGCCGCCUCGUUGAAACUCGCCGCAGGUCCUGGAAGAACAUAAAUGUAUAUGGAAAGUUAGUUUUGCACUCAUUGGACUGGGAGUGGCCUUUGCAGGUGCAUGACCCGGUGCAUUCAUUAACUGCUACGUGGUGCCCUCAUGCAACGACAUGCCCCAACUCUACAUGGGUAUAUGUGGAGGCACCCUGCAGACCAAGGCAGGUGCUGUUGACGUCAAGUAUAUAUAUUUUUUUAAUAAGCUGCAUUGUGCACCCUCUCAUAAAUUAAUUUGCUCAUCUCUGACCACGCAGAGUUUUUCUUUUCUGCAGUUACAUGUUAUCAAUAUUCACCUUAAUCAUUUUUAUAUCCACUUCUUCAUGCGUUGUAUUUGAUACUGUUGCCGAAUCACGACUACAUUAGGGUCAGUCGGCGGUUGUUGGGGCACUGCCUGCUCCCGCUUCCCUAGAGAAUAUCCCUGGCACAAUCCACAAAAACCGACGGGCGCGAGUCAAACCGUCGUGUCAUUCAGGGUGAAAUGAAAAGUAAUAUGUGGCUGCGACUGUAAUGUUGAAAUGAAACCCGGGCAAAUGUUCGUGGGGGAAAUUAACAAGUGCAGCCGUAUGGGAGAACAUUUUCUUUUUCUUUUUUGCCAGAUUUUCCUCCCACACAGCGCAGGGAAAGAAAAACCACUAAAAUUUCCUGGAGGAGUUUUACCCACUCAACUGUCAGCAAAUCAAAGGAGACACAAUCUGUAUCGCCCUUUGCCAAACAAAACUCAUUUAGCCUGAAGAGGUAGUGGAGCCUGUGGGGAACCGCUGUCCUGCGUGUUGGCCGUGUAUCACCAAGCGUGCUUCCACCCAGACUUAUGGUACAGGAACAUGAGUUGGUGCUCUGACACAACAUAAAGCCUGUAAUGCAGCCUUCUUCUGCUUGUGCAGACGCCAACUGCAGGAAGUCGGUCCACACAAACUUCUUUUAUGCAUUAACCCAAUCCCCAGUUGAUUUUCCCCAUUGGGUCCUUAGUUGAUGUGUAGCAUUAUAACUCAUUUCAGUCUAUAUAAUACACCUGCCCUUUGCCCCAGAUAAUUAAUAAGAAUAAUUUCAGCAUUAAUUGAUGCCUCUCCUGCUGCUGGUGUUUUUGUUGAUACCUGAGCUCUGUUCGUCCCCAUUCGAUCACUCACCCAGUGACUCCCACCCCCGUGUUCAUUUGUUUUUACCCACAUUAAGAACUGACAUUGCUAAAUGCUCUCCUCCACGUUUAUCUGGUUUGUGUCCUUAGGCCACCAGACAGAACGUUUUGCAUCACCACAGAUGUGUAUCUUGAAGUUUUUUUUUCUACACCCGGUUUAAGGUGCAGUAAGAGUCUAGGAUGGAGAAUAGCCACACUAUGCUCACAUGUGCAUGGUUGCCAUUAUGUAUCUAAGUUGCAGUGACUCGAAUCAAUUUUUAAAGUAUUGUUGCAGCAUAAUGUAUUUAUUUAUCUGGAUCUGACCGAUUACUUGAAGAUGUUAGAUUUUUUUUUUUCUUCUCAGCGCUGUUUUCUACUGUUUCCAUUUCAUUACCAGGAAAUGAUUCACCAUUGGAACAUUAUUAUAGUAGUAGUUUUGAUCGCUCACGAAUAAUUUUGUCAUCAACACUUAUGAAGUAAUUAAAACACGAUGACAUCCAUAAUUUUUUGCAAUGCUGAUCUAAUACAUGACAUGGAUUUUGUUAAAAAGGAAUCCAACAUGGUUUCCUCCAAAUGCGUUAGUUUUUAGUAGUUCGUGUGCUUUUUACUUGUUUUUACUUAUUUCUCCCAUGUCCCCUGACAUUUUGGCCUAAGUGCAGCCGCCUGAUGUUAAAAAGCUUCAAGUCUGAUCAUCAUCACUGUCCUGUGGAGCCCUAAGCUAGAAAAAAAUCCGAUCUGGGGAUGGAAUUAGGAAACGUUUAAGCUAACAUGUAGAAAGAAUGAAAUGCAACUGGCUCAUACAUGAAGUACUGUCAUAACUACUCAAACUCAUGUAAUUCAGAUGAUGCCAGAACUUCCUUUAACGCAAUAAACAGUCGCUAUAAAUUUUUUUUCUUUUUUUUUUGGCAUGAAUAUUUGUUUUGAGCUUGUUUUGGGGGAUCUGGUAGAUGUGCGGAUGUUUGGACAUGGAUUCAGCUGUUGGUGGUGUUUGAAGCCAUCUUAAGGUAUUAGUACUCACUGAACUUCUUUUUGUUUAACCCUUAGAGGUACUAAUUUGCUCUUCUGCACUCAUCCACUCAUCUUCAAACUCCCAAUAUUGCUGUUUUCUUUGUAGCGAAGGGUAGCAGAUGGGAGCGUUUGGGGAGCGUUGUGUGUCUUACUCUCACUUGCCAGAAAGAAAAUGCAAAGUCCACAUUUUUUACACUUAACAGAAAUGAAUGUAACUGGGCUGCUCAGGGUCGACGUGGGGCAUGUUGAGAACUACUGGUCCAUCAAAACUCUGACGCCAUGAACAGUGUGAUCAUGGCCUCAUGAAUAUUUUAGUUUUAUAAAGCUGAAAGUUGUUCACUUUAUUACUUGCACCACCCAUCUGCUAGUUUUGAUUACUUGAAAAACGAAUCCUUGCAGCAAAAUUGAGUAUGUCGAGUUUUUAAGAGCACAGUUGGUAAGUUAGUUAGAAUUAUUAUUGUUUAAGCUGUUUGAGAGCGCAUUACAUUAAAUAGUUGAGACUACCUGAGCUUGAUUUGAAUUCUGGUCACAGACGACGUUACCUGUUCCUCUUCAGUUGACAGCUCAACUAUUCAAGCACACUCUUCACGCCACCUUUUAAAUUGGAAAAUGUUGUAAUUCAAUUUUUUUUUUUUAUCGUACGAUGCUGUUUUCUUUGACAAUAAUCAAGUACACCCUCAAAUGUAAAUAACAUUAUAGUGUAGCACAUGUUCAGGUAACCUGUAUGCAGACGCGGUGACGACUCUUCUGCACAGACCACACUGAUUAAACCAAACUACUCAGUCGAAUGACAGGCGGCGUUUCCCUUCGAAGGGGAAACGGGAAACAACUCAAACAACACAAAACACUGAACGAUUCAGGCAAAAGGUGACUGAUGGGAAAUCAUCUCGGCUCUUGUGCAUUUUCAUACCAUUGUCACAAUGCAAGAUAUCAUGGCUGUACAAAUGAGUAAAGUAAAUAUAUCUAUAUAUUAAGAAAAAUAAACUAUUAUGUAUUUCAGGGAAUGCAAAAAGAAAACAGUAACUUCUCUCUUUUAUGUAAGAGAAAGCUCCUGUGUUCAUUAUGUGCUUUGCUUCAAUUUGUAAAUAGAUGGAUGGCUUAUAAAUCCUAAUUGUAACCUUUUCAGGUAUUUUUGUACAAAUAAGGGACUGAUAUAUUCUGUUUAUUGUAAUUAGAAUAAAACAUUAAUACAUUGAUAUAAAAAGCAA